AUGACAAGCAUAGAUAUCGCUCCUGAGUUCGUUGAUGCCAAUGCCGAGUUAGAUGGUGACUACCUACUUAUGAAAUCUUUGGGGUUAUUAAAAGAUGAACCCGAGUUUAUUUACACUGAUAAUGAAUCAGAUAAUGAUGGUGAGUAUUCUGAUAAUGAAAGCGAUUACGAUGAUGAAAGAAAAUGUGAUUUCGCAAGAAUGGCUUGUCUCGUAAUAUUGAGUUUAUGGAAUUCACCCUUCGCAUUCCAAUAUUUCGGAGCAAGUGAGGAUGGGCUACUCGACGCGUUUUCUAAAUCCAGCGCAUUCGGUGCAAGAGAGCAUAAUUUGCUUAUGAAGCAUUAG